UCUUUACCGUUGUGGCGCGCAUGCUUUAGCUUUAGCAGCUGAAACAAUUUGGAAGGUGGAACAACAUCUGUUAUUCAAAGUGGCACAAUGUAAGGCAUCAGGAGUCCAAGUCCCAUAGUCCUGGCCAUAUUCCAUCGUCUCACAUGCCAGCACAGUUGGCCCCAAGAAACGCACAGUAAAGGAAUUUAUGGGAAAUCAUUGGAAUUAAUUUAUUAGCCAGUAUACGCAGCACGCCUUCAACUGCGCAUGCCCCAAACCCAGUCGAGGCCGAGACCGAGCAGCAGGUGCAAGUGGGAGGGCGAGGGCAACGCCUCACUGCUGUGAAAACUCAAGGCUACUUCGAUUUAGACUCGGAUUGGAUUGCCAUAGGUUAGUCUACUACGAUUGGAUGCCCAUUGCAAGCAUUGGCUACUCUUCUACAAGAUUAAGGGAUCUCCAGCUUACUUUGAAUCAGCUUCUGAUUGGAUUCCACUAUGCACUGGCUACUCUUAUAAAUUUGUGAUAACUCAAAAUUAUAUACAGAUUGGAUACUCAAUAUUUCAUUGAUUGGAUUUGGAUAUUUAUAUACAAGAUUGAAUGCUCAAUUGGAUUUGAAAUCGGAUUCAAUGUAGAUGUAUACUACUCUUCUAUGGAAAUACGUAAACUCAUUUUGAACUAGAUUCUUAUUGGACAUACAUUGUUAUUGGUUACUUAGACAAGGCUGCUUUAUCGUACAUGCUGAUUGGAUAUGUACUAAAAUACUCUUAUACGUGAUUGUAACCAUAGUCUACUGUAAAACAGAAUCUAAUAGGAGUCUCAUACGAGAGUCUCUCUUCUGCAUGCUUGAAAAGUAAAAGCUUCUUCGAAUUGCUUUCUAAUUGGACUCCAGCUGGAAAAAUGGCAACCGUUGCGCACGGAUGCAGCAGUCCGCGGCAGCGGUCGUGCAAUGGCAGCAGCUCACCUGGCGGCCAUCACAGCUCGACGCCGGCGAUGUACACAACGAUGCCCAAGUAUACGCGCACUGCCAGCCAAACGUUGUAUGUCACUAGUCCGCAGGUAUUUGCCGGGACCGGAGGAGCUGGAGGCAUGGAGAGCCAGUAUAACGGUUUAUAUAUGCCAAGUGCAACGAUGUCACAGCGCCCUCUGUCGGCCUCUGCAUUGCCAGAGUCUUCGGCGGGCUGUCGCAACUAUUGGAACCAAGGCCAGAGCCAGAGCCAGAGUCAAGGCCAGGGUCAGGGUCAUCUCGGGCACAGCUCGUUCUACCACAGCAGUGGGCGGCACUUCAACUACAACAAGCGCAAAUCCGCCGUGGAGCUGUUGGCCGAAUCGAAGCCCUUCUAUAUCAAAUCCGAUGCGGUUUUCGAGCGACUGCAACAAAGAGCUGGAUCUGCAGCUGGAGCCGGAUCUGGGGCAGGCGUUGGCGUUGGAGCUGGGAUCAAACGGGGCCACUUCAGCUAUGAGGAGCUGGAGGACAGGCGUUACAUGAGUCUGAACAGACAGCAGCAGCAGCAGCAGCAGCAGGUGCAACAGCAGGUGUAUAUGCACAAUCAUCAUCAUCAGCAUCAUCAUCAGCGGCACAGCCAGAGUCAUUCGCGGGAGCGACCUGGUGUCAACAAUAAUCUGCUGCAGCACAAGCUGCGCCUCCUGCUCGGCUCGGAGGCGGCGGCCAAGGAGCGCUCCAGCAUGCGACGCCACGAGCUGAGCGACGGCAAUGCCGAUCUGCUGCCCGGCGAGGAAGAGAGCAGCGCCUUGAGAAUACCACCCCCCCUCUACCUACCCGCCCAUUCCUUUGGCAGGGAGUCCACAUACGGCGCAUAUCCGAGUGAGCCGAACAGCGGUGGCGAGGAGCCUCUAGUGCUCACCGAGAACUACAGGCCGAUCAGUCCGCCAGCCGAGUAUGCGGGCAAGUCGAGUCAAGUGCACAAUGAGCGUUACAGAUACAACUAUCAACGCUCCUACUCUCACUCGCACGAGGUGCCCAGCAAUCCGGACGAGCGCGCCAAUUACUCGACGAACGAGUUCAACAUCAAUAGCCACAAAUCGCUGCCGGAUCUGCAUACGCAGAUCAGCCGCCACUCGCCGCACAGCGAGAUCUUGAGCUGCUGCAGCCGGGGCAAUCGUUCGAUCAAAUCUGCCGGAGAGUCAUCCAUUAAUCGGGACUCGGGCGGCAGCUCUGGCCACUAUACGCAUCGCAGCGAGCCCUGCUACAAGCGACAGCGGGAGACGCAGUCGGGCACCGCCAGUGGCACGAUCAGGAAUUGCUGUAACCUGGUGGCGGCCACUCGCAGGGACAGCGGCUCCUCCACGCAGCACAGCGCCAAUUCGUAUUGUGGCUAUGUCACGGCCACUGGCAUGGACUGCCGGUGCAAGCAGGAGCCAGGACCUGGAAUGGGCGGCAUGAUGCCCGGCUACGACAAUGCGGCUGCCGACUAUUUGCUCAAUUUCACGCCGACACCGGAGGUGCCAGAGGCCUUUCAGGACUCGCCAUCGCCACGCCUGAAGACUCAAACGCCGCGCUACUCGAGCUCGUCUAGCCAACAGCUGCAUACCAGCUCGCAGGGCUAUACGAGCAUCAAUCACUCGCAGAGCUCGCUGGUCCAGAGUCCCGGCUCGGCGCCCUCGGUGGAUGACAUCAGUCCGCCGCCCAUCCAAUUCAAGCGGCAGCGUUGCAUUCGGUUCAAGAAUCGCAAUCGAUUGCCCGUCCAGCCGCGCACCUCGCCCAGCAGCGGCUCGGCGGGCUACAAGCGGAACAUGGAGCACGAGAAUGUCUUCUUUCCGAAGGGUUUCUCGGCGGACAUGGAGCGGGAGGCACUGAAUGCCAGCAUAUCGGAGCUGGAAAAGUUCUUCGAUCGUCUGGGCCUGAACGACGAGGCGUUCCAUGAGAUCUACAGCCAGCCGAGGCGGCAUCAACAUAAUCCGGAAAGCGAUUCGGAUGACUCCAGCACUGUGUUCUUCUCGGAUGUCAGCACCGUGGACUCGAUGCGAUUGCCGGACAGCACAGAGACGCAGCCACAAACCACGCAGCCGUAUCGACCCUCGGAGCCGCCGUCGAUUGUGGAGCGCAAUGCGAGGAUUAUCAAAUGGCUCUGCAACUGCAAGAAGAUGCAGGGCGUCUGAAGCUGCACCACACACAAUUUUUAUAUCGAUCUAUAGAAAUUGUUAAUUUUAUCUAAUGUCAAGUAACUACCAAAGCCUAAACCCAGCCGAAGCUUGGAGUGUAAUGGAAAGACUCUAGGAUCCUAAAGAUCCGGUAAGAACCAAGGAUAACUUGCUAUCAAGAGAUCGCACAACUGAGGAGCUACUUAUUGAUGAUGCUCAAACACAAAGAAAGACACCCUAGAGUUCGGAGGUUACCUGAUAUCCUUGGAUCCCUGAAUCGCUGCUGAGGAUCCUCCACUUUUGAUAUUGAUCUUUAGAUAAGAAUAACUUUGUCUUUCGUCAAGUAACUACCAAAGCCUACACCCUAUUCGAACUUCGGAGUUUAAAUAUAUAAUGUGCAAUGUAGCCUAGAGUCCUGAGGAUCGCUAGGUCGUACAACUGAAUCCUUGCUAAGGAUUCUUCACUUUUGAUAUUGAUCUUUAGAUAUGAAUAACUUUAUCUCUCAAGUCAAGUAACUAGCAAUGCCUAAAAACCCAUUCGAAGUUCGCAGUUCAAAUUCAAGUUCAAAUGUAAUGGAAUAAUACCUUAGAGAUCCAA